CCUGCAUCUUCUCUGCCUGGGGUUCCAUUUCAGGUGGAAAGGACUUCAGCCAUACCAGCCAUGUCAGAUUUCUCUGUGGUACAAGAAACCCCAUCGGACACUGGACUGAGGUCAGUGUUAGGGGGGACCCAGCAGAAGGUUGACGGGAGGACAGGUGUCGGGAUGGCAAAAGGACUUCAUUCUCUUCCUGCCCGAGUGGAAAUGGAAGUGGCACACUCUCCACCGGAUCAGGGCCCUGUGACCUUUGAGGAGGUGGCUGUGCAUUUCGCGGAGGAGGAGUGGGCUCUGCUGGAUCCGGCCCAGAGAGCUCUGCACAGGGAAGUCAUGGAGGAGAAUUACGGGAAUUUGAACUCUCUGUAUGAUGGGCAGGAAAGGCAAGGGAGAAGGAAAGCUGGAUCAGAACAGCCAGGGAAGAUGAAUUCUGUCUGUUCCCAAGAAAUCCCAGCCCCACAAAUGUAUCACAAAAGAGAAAAAGGAAAGACUCUGUGUUCAAAGCCGUCUGUCUUUAGCACAGAUCAGAUGAUCCAUGAAGGGGAGAUGCUCUUGAUAUGCUCGGAGUGUGGGAAGAGCUUCAACCGGAGCACAAACCUGACUCGGCACCAACGGAUCCACACGGGAGAGAAGCCGUUUAAAUGCUCCGAGUGCGGGAAGAGCUUCAGCCAGAAGAUGAACCUUACGCGACAUCAGAGAGUGCACACGAGGGAUAAACCCCAUGAGUGCUCGGCGUGUGGGAAGAGCUUCAGUCAGAGCACAACCCUGAAAAUACAUCAGAGAAUCCACACGGGGGAGAAACCGUACACAUGCUCCGAAUGCGGGAAUAGCUUCCGUCAGAAGAUAAAUCUCACCAGGCAUCAAAGAGCACAUGCGAAAGAGAAACCCUACAAAUGCCCCGAGUGUGGAAAGAGCUUCAGCCACAGCUCAAGCCUCAAUGAUCAUCAGAGAAUCCACACUGGGGAGAAACCCUACAAAUGUUCCGAGUGUGGGAAGAGCUUCAGCCAGACCACUAGCUUUGCUUACCACCAGAGACUUCACUCUAGAGGGAAACCAUACCAAUGCCCUGAGUGCGAGAAAAGCUUCAGCCAUUGCUCAAACCUUAACGAACAUCGGAGAAUCCACACAGGGGAGAAACCGUACAAGUGCUCUGAGUGCGAGAAGACCUUCAGCCAGAAGAUAAACCUUGCGAGGCAUCAGAGGGUACAUACAGGGGAGAAACCAUAUCGGUGCUCAGAGUGCGGGAAGAGGUUCAGCGACGGCUCAAGCCUUAGUGCCCAUCAGAGAAUCCACACCGGAGAGAAGCCGUACAAAUGUGCCGAGUGUGGGAAGGGCUUCAGCCAACUCACCAACUUCACUUACCAUCAGAGAAUCCACACCGGAGAGAAACCCUACGAAUGCCCAGAGUGCGGGAAGAGUUUCAGCCAGAAGAUAAACCUUAUUAGACAUCAGAGAGUGCACAAAGGGAGGGCACCCUGAGAAGGACAGAGACAUCUUUGGGAUAUGGAAGACACAUGAGAAAGAUAUGAGGAUGACUUUCCUCUCCAGUGAUUCACACGGAGGCAACGUAUUACAAGCAGAGUGGAGCUUCUCUGAUUUUAAGAGAGAAUCCAUAAAGGGGAGAAACCUAAGCUUGGUGAAAAUGUAGAAAAACCUGAAUGACUUUUGUUUUGUUAUGCUUUCCCCCCGGUCCAUUUUAUCAAAUAAAUCUGUCCACCUAGUAAA